AUGGCCGCUUUCCGCAGAGUUGUAGCCCUGACCAGUCGACUGAACCUACUGUCGGCGGCGAGAAACGAGCUCGUCGGUGGUCAGACGGUCAGUGGAGGAAGGACACGGAGGUGUCUGGCUGUCGGGAUGUGUCUUGCAACGGGAGGCGCCGUGGCACUUUAUUUCUACAACGAUAUGACGAGCGGCAGAGGCAGGAAGAGGAUGGGGAGUCACAGCAUCAACGGUUUGCUACCGUCCAUCCCGACCGUUGAAGCCAAGGAAAGGGCUCGUCCGUUUGACUUUGAGGACGGAGACGUGUACAUGUCGUCCCACGAGCAUCGCUUCCGUAUGUUCAGCUCUGUGGAGUAUGAAGGGCAGGUCUACAUGACUCCACAGAACUUCAUCGAAUCGGUUACCAUGAGCGAACCGAGAAACAAGAGGCCCUGGAGGUCCCUGACCAAACAGGAGCUGGAGAAGAUUUUGACAGAAACUCCUCCAGUAUGGAGAGGAUCCUCCAAACUGUUCCGCAACCUGAGAGAACGAGGCAUCAUCUCAUACACAGAGUACCUGUUCCUGCUCUGCAUCCUUACAAAGCCCCAUGCUGGCUUUAAGAUUGCUUUCAAUAUGUUUGAUGCAGACGGCAACCAGAUGGUGGACAAGAGGGAGUUCUUGGUGCUUCAGGAGAUCUUCCGGAAGAAAAAUGAAAAGAAAGGGAGGAAAGGAGAUGCUGAGAAAUCAGCACAGUUGAGUAUGCAGCUCUAUGGAUAUCAGGUUGCCCCCAUGAACAGCGUGCUAAAAAAAGACAGUCAGGAGUUUGUGGCGCGGAGUUACUGGGACGUUCUGAGGCGAAGUGCCAGUCAAGUCCUCUUUUCUGACCUGGCGGAGCGAGCAGAUGAGAGUAUCACCAUUGACACUACCCUAUUGGUCCAUUUCUUUGGAAAGAAAGGGAAGGCAGAGCUUACCUUCGAUGACUUCUACAGGUUUAUGGAUAACCUUCAAACAGAGGUGUUGGAAAUUGAGUUUCUGACCUACUCUAAAGGGAUGACAACCAUUAGUGAGGAAGACUUUGCCAAAAUCCUGCUGCGUUUCACCAAUGUGGAGAACAUCAGCGCCUACCUGGAGAAUGUGCGCCAGUGUAUACCUGACGAGAAGGGAAUCACCUUUGAUGAGUUCAGAUCCUUUUUCCAGUUUCUCAACAACCUUGAGGACUUUGCCAUCGCCAUGCAGAUGUACAAUUUUGCUUCUCGCUCCAUCGGACAAGAUGAGUUUGCAAGAGCGGUGUAUGUGGCCACUGGACUGAAGCUGACACGCCACCUUGUACACACCAUCUUCAAGAUAUUUGAUGUAGAUCACGACGACCAGCUCUCCUACAAGGAGUUCAUCGGAAUAAUGAAGGACCGUCUGCACAGGGGAGCCAGGGUGAAGGGCCGACGCCACGCUUCCUUCUCCAGCUGUGUUCGCUCUGGAGCCAGAAGACAAGUGCACCAGCUCUGGAGGAGGUACAAGGAGAACCCAUAGAGGAAGGCACAGAAAGAUGGCAGAAAAACAAAUGAGAGAAGAAGUCUGAUGAUGGAAUACAUUGAACUGAGCUCUGACUUUCACAGUCAGUGGCCUUCGUUAACAGCAUUUGAUUUUUCAAGGCAAGCUCUCCAGUGGAACUCUAAAGCAGAUAAUAACUGCAAGCAUGACCGCACACAGCUGACUGUAUGCUGAUAAUGAGCAACAUCAUUCCCUUUUUUUGUGUUUUCCCAGUCCUCAUGAUCUGAUGUCAGUCAUCCUAAGUAUGAUUUACGGUAUAUUAGGACAACAGAGUUAGAUUAGAAUAUGACUUUACUCUCCAAGCAUGGCUUCUCCAAGAUAGUCAGUAGAGCUGAAACCAAUCAUUACUUCUAUUUUUGAUAAAUCAAUCAAUUGCUUUUAAAGUAAGCUAUAAAAAAUGUGUAUUGCCAACUGAAGUUCUGCCAACCAAAUGAAUCAUGGGCUAGUGAAUGAUGUCAUCAAUUACUUAUCAAAACUAUAAUAUAUGUUUUUUUUAAGUAACAAUAAUUAAUUGACUUGCUGCACUACAAACUGUAACAAAGAGCACAACAUUAAUUAAAUACCAAAAUCUACUUGACAAUGAUAACAUUAUCCAUAUAAUUUAAAUAACAGUAAUAUAAAAUAAUAUUAACAUACAGAACAACACUACAGUUGAAGGAUUAAAUAAAGGCAUUGUGAAUAUGUAUUGUCCUCAACUUAUUUUAGUCAUCUCUGUAUUUUACCCUUGAAUUUUCUUUGAUCAUAUAGCUAGUAUAGUAGUUGCUUUUUAUUGCACUGAGAGAAUAUAUAAACUCUAUGGCUAUGGUUAGGAAUUCCAUAUUAUCCUAAUAUUUCUACAGCACCUGGGAUAUCUUUGACCUGGACAGCAUACGGUAGAACAUUAUAUACAAAGGAGGAGAUUUUAUUUUUUAAUUUCAAUGUUUGACAUGACUGAAUCCUUACACACACGCUCUCACUCACACACACACACACCUACACAUUUGUCUAUAUACAACAUAGAUAUCCAGAUAGGUGCCUUUUAUCCAUGUCCUUUCUCAUCUGAAAAAUGUCAUACAGCAACCCAGACUUUCACAGCAAAUAAUUCUGCACUGUGUAGCUUUCAAUAGCAACAGAACUUCAAAUAUGUGCAUUGAUGACAUUACUUUAUAUGUACUGUCUGUUAUUCAUCACCCAGUCUUUAACGUUGUAGUAUAUUAUUGAACUAUUGAAUCUAAUUUUUAAUGUUUUGGUGUGUGUAUUGAAAUUAUGGAAGUCUAUAUGUGUAAAAAAUUGUGUUUCUUAUUUUUUUCCUAGUUACUCUCAUAAUGUUACAAACUAUUGUCACUGUGUUCCCAACAUUUCAUGUAUUUGUGACAUUAAUGGAUCUGGUGAAUGAA